UUCCUUUUAGUUCUUAUUUCGUGUAACAUUUCGUGAAACCUAAAUGUUGAUGUGUAAAGAAAUCUUAAUUAAUUGAAGAAAAUAUAGAAAUGAAAAUAUUAAAAAUCAUAAAAAUGAUUUGAAAAUUUUCAGAUAAUGUCUUUAAACCAUAACAUCAAAACAGUGCAUAUAAAAACAAGUGUAAAAAACACAAAAAAGAAAAAGUGAAAUCGCCACUAGUGAACAAUUAAAAAGAAUCCAACAAGGACUUUUGACGCGUUUUUGUAAAUGACCCCAAUACAAAAACAAAGUGAAACAAAACAGAAACGGUCUACUAAUAUCCUGUUAACAAAUCAUUAUAUAGUGAGAAAUAAUCCUGCAUAAAUUUUAAAAUAUAUUUUGUAUAUUUAAUAUACGUGAUAAUUAAUAAAAGAAAGUUCAAUUACCAGCAGCCGCCAGUGUAGUGAGUGUUGAAUUUUUGUGCUUUCUUAGGAAUAUAUAAUAAUUGAAAUAAGAAAUAAAAACAAAAAAGUUUAAACAAAUCCACCAAUCAAACAACCAACCAGAGAACACCAAUAACCAAAUCGUACACUACAUAUAAUACAAUUAAAACAAAAAAAAAAAAAUAUUAAAAUAUAUAUUUUUGGUGUGCUUUUUAUUUCGAAUAAAUAAAUAAGAUAUCGAAUAAAAUACAAUUCUUUUAAGAAAUAUUUUCGUGCUUAUAUAUAAUUCUAAAAAAUAUAAAACAGUUGAAAAGUGCUUUUGUGUUAUUUUGUAUAUUGAAAAUUGAAUGUAAGAAUUAACAAAAAAUUCUUCUUAACAAUGGUGGCAAUAUCAAAAAUUGUGGAUACAACCCAUAAUAACAAUAAUAAUAACAACAAUCAAUAUAAUAUCCCGGUUACGGCCUUAAAUAACAAACAAUCAGAAUCGUCUCCUACAACUUCUGAUCCAACAAUGUGUAAAACAGCAACAACUAGCAUAACGCCUGCUGCAACAUCAGCGUCUGCCAAUAAUUUAACGGCCUCUACUACCGUCGCUUUAACAGCCAGCGGUAAACCUAAAGAGAAAAGACGGAACAAUGAAAAACGUAAAGAACGUUCUCGAGAUGCCGCCAGAUGUCGUCGAUCUCGCGAAACCGAAAUCUUUACCGAAUUGGCAGAAGUUUUACCCUUGAAAAAGGAAGAUGUCCAACAACUCGACAAAGCCUCUGUCAUGCGUGUAGCCAUAGCAUAUUUGAAAGUGCGCGAUAUGUUGAAAAUGUUUCCAAAAAUCCAAGAACUACUUGGUGAUUUACAACUCUGCGGCGACAACAACAGCAGCAUUGAAAAUUCUGAAGCCAAUGAUGAUACUUCUGCUUUUAAUAGCUCUCUAGAUUCCCAUGAUUCAUCCACACAAUCUUCUCAAGCAUCCGAAGAUUCUAAUCAACAAUCAGCUAUAGAAUCUUCAAAAACCUUGGAGUCUUCUACUUUGACUGCCACGAAUGGUGACAGUGCUGGUGUGGAUGAUUUUAGUUUGUUACUUAAGCAAACCAUGGAUGGUUUCUUGUUGAUUUUGUCCAAUGAUGGUGAUAUUACUUAUGUCACCAACAAUAUCAGUGACUAUUUGGGUUUGUCAAAGAUUGAUCUUUUGGGCCAACAGAUAUGGGAAUAUGCCCAUCAAUGCGAUCAUGCUGAGCUUAAGGAGGCUCUCAAUUUAAAACGCAAUGGCUUGACCAAUAAAGUCAAAGAUGAGAAUCUUUUAGAGGAGGGUAUUUCUACCGAUCAUCGUGAUUUGUUUGUGCGCUUGAAGUGCACCAUUACCAGUCGCGGUCGCAGUAUCAAUAUUAAAAGUGCUUCUUAUAAGGUUAUUCAUAUAACCGGUCAUUUGGUGGUCAAUACAAAGGGUGAUCGUGUCUUAGUGGCCAUGGGUAGACCCAUACCACAUCCCUCCAACAUUGAAGUGCCCUUAGGCACCUCUACAUUUUUGACCAAACAUUCGUUGGACAUGAAGUUUACCUAUGUGGAUGACAAAAUGUAUAAUUUAUUGGGCUACAAACCUGAAGAUUUACUUGAAACAUCUUUAUUCAAUUGUCAUCAUGGUAUUGAUACAGACAGCUUAAUGACAACUUUUAAAAAUGUUCUCUCGAAAGGCCAGGGUGAAACCUGUCGCUAUCGUUUUUUGGGCAAAUACGGCGGUUACUGUUGGAUAGUUACUCAGGCAACAAUUGUUUAUGACAAACUAAAACCACAAAGUGUGGUCUGUGUUAAUUUUGUUAUAAGUAACUUGGAGAAAAAGCAUGAAAUUUAUACUCUGCAACAAUACGAAGAAUCGCAAAAAUUUAAACUUGAAGAAAAUAAUAAUAAUAAAACACAAGGUUUAAAUGAAAAUAAACACCAGGAAGAGUUAAUAAAUAAAGAUCAACAACUAAAAGAGGAAAAAUUAUUUGCUGCUACGGAAUUGCAAAAACCUUUAGAAGCAGCAAUAACAAAAAUUGAAACUUCAACACCACCAGCAACACCACUCAAUAACAAUAACAAUAUCAAUAAUAAUAAUAAUCAAAAAAUAAAAGAAGAUCUUAUAAAUAUAAAACAAGAACACAUACCACCAAUUGCUAUAAAUAAUAAUAAAAAUAAAACCUUAAUCGAAACUAGCCCCUCAACUACAGCUACUACCCCUGUAGUAGCUCCCUUAAAACCACCUACACAACAACCACAAUUACCACUCCACUGUCCCACCACUACUGUUACCCAUACUAUUUUCAAUAAAUCGAUAAUAUCAGCACCCAAAUUCUCUGCUGAGGACAAACGUCCCAAAACCGUUACUUCGUCUUUGAUUUUAACCAAUUUACCCACUACCACCUCGACUCAGUCGAUUUUACAACAUCCACCUUUGAAUGUGGUUGCUACGCGUGCCCCUCAAUCAGUAACAGCUUCGGUAUUUUCCCCAUUGCCGCCGUCGCCGCCAUCACCACCAAAAUUACCUUCGUCUACGGCCACAGCUGCAAUUUUAGCUCUACAACAAUCGGAAGGUGGACCACACUCAGUCAACGCGAAUCAUCCACAAGAUAUGAAUAAAGGAUAUUUAACAUUUGCCGAGGAUGCCACAGAAUUAACAAUGCUUAAAGAAGAACCAGACGAUUUAACUGCCCACUUAGUGGCCACAAAUGCUGUCGAUGCCUGCAUGCCACUCGAUGAAUCGGGCCCUUUGUUUGGUGAGAUUUUAGUUGGUUUUGGCAUGGGCUCUUAUGGCAGUCUCUUACCCGAUGACAUCAAUUCUUUAGACUCCAACACAUCGUCCACAGAACAUAGCAAUAAUAAUCACAACAACAAUAGCAAUAAUCAAACAACAAUCAAAUCUGCUGGCAAUACAUGUUCAUCGUCAUCGGCAUCGCCUACAUCGUCAUCGACUACAUCUUCGUAUAAUGCAUCAAUAUUGGCAGCAACAACAAGUACACAUAAUCAUAGACAAUCAUCGCCGUCAUCAAUGAUAACUACAACAACAUGUGCAACAAAUAACAAUACAAUAACAACAACAGCAGCAACAACAAAUAGCACAAACAUUGAUCCAUUUAUAAAUUAUCGUGAUGAAUCGAAUGAUACAAAUUGCUCACAGCAUUUACUGUCGCCAAGUGUUACAUCCAAGAGUCCCGAAGGUAGCAGCCUACCCUCAUUAUGCAGUCCAAACUCAUUAAGUCAAGAAGAUGAAUUUUCAUAUUACACCAUGAAUGUCGAUGACAUGGAUGAUUUAACAAUGCGUGCUCCCUAUAUACCCAUGAAUGAACAAGACGAUUUACCCUUGUUAACCUCAGACGAUUAUAUGUGGAGUAGUGGUAAUGCCUUUACGCCCGAUGAGUUUAGUUUGAACACAAAAGAUUCAGAUAAUUUGCAAGCAUUGCAAAUCAAUCAAACGUUGAACUAUCAACAGCAGCAAUUUACCCAACAGCAGCAGCAGCAACAGCAAACGCAACAAUUUUCGAAUUCAUUAUGUUCUUCGCCAGCCUCAACAGUAUCCUCAAUGUCGCCAUCGCCCAUACAACAGCAACAACAUCUGCAGCAGCAACAGAAUUCUCAACAAAUUUUCUCUGCUGAUUCCUCUGAAUUGGCCGCUUUAUUGUGUGGCUCUGGCAGUGGUUCUCUUUCCAUACUCCAGGAUGCCACAAAUUUUACAAAUUCUUUAAAUUUAAACGGUGGCUCAGCAACUACAUUAGUUGCGGCUGGUGGUAAUAGUGGUAGUAAUCAAAGCAACAUUAGUGUUGAAAACAGUGUUGGUUUAACUGACGAUUUGGAUAGUGUUAGUGUGGCUAGUUCGUCGACGACCCCUACUUUGGAUCAUCAUCAGCAAUUGCAACAGCAUUGUUUGCAACAAUUUCAAGAACAGUUGCAACAGCAACGUCAACAACAACAGUUAUUGAGUGGUUUGAAUAUCAAUUGUAAAAAAGAAAAAUUCGAAUCAGCAAAUAAUUCGCCAUCGUUGUCAUCGAAUCUAUGCGAUUCCAUAGAGGAUACUUUCGAUAAUGUCUAUAGCAAGAAUUCAACAAAUUUGGAUUGUUGGAAUGAAUUUUUGCAAAUCAAUACAAAUGAGAAUACAAAUACAACAAAUAAUAAUAAUGCUGCUGCAACAACAGUGUUGGCAAAUUUAAGACAAGAAGACUGUAAACAACAAUUGCACAUGCAAUUGCAACAACAACAGCAGCAGCAACAAACACAAAACAUUAUUAUAAAUGCAGUGCCAUUGAUAACAAUACAAACCACAAGCAAUAACAAAAAUGUAUUGAUCCAGCAACAACAACAGCAGCAGCAGCUGUCCCAGCACCAUCAUCAACAGCAGCAACAACAACAACAACAAAGCAAUACAAAAUCUUUAAAUAAAGUGAAUACCGUCAAACUGACACCCAUUACAAGUACGGCUACAAUAAAGAUUAUUGAAAACAAACAGCCCUUGUUGCAGCAGCAACAGCACAACAUCAUUAAAACCGCUUACAUACAGGCAGCACCUACAACAACUCCAGCUGUGACUGCUCUACACAACAGCAACAAUAAGAGGCAUUUGUCCAACAACCUAAUUGCCAAUAAUGCCUUGGAAUCGAAACGUUUGAAAAGCAAUAUUAUGGACUUGCAAAAUUCAACCACCACAUCGCAAUUAUUACAGCAAUUGAUAACAACACCGCAGCAGCAGCAACCAGGAAAUUUGAAUGCCAAGAAUUCAAAGGGAGGUUUGGAAUCAAGAUGGUCUUCUAAUGAAAAUCAAGCUUUAAGCCAGCAACAACAACAACAGCAGCAGCAAAAGCAGCAAAAACAAUCAAACAGUGUUUUGAAAAAUCUGCUGAUUAGUGGUUGCGAUAAAACAAAAUUGCCCAAACCGGAAAUCAUAACUAUUGAAGAUGGCUCCAGGUCUUCGAUGCAAUCGCCAGACCUUUGUGUUUCACCCUCAUUGACCAGACCAUUGCAGUGCAUGACCUCGCCGGCCACCGUAUUGCGUAAUUAUCGUCAUAAUCCCUGGAUAGGAGGACCAGGUGUUUUGCCAUCACCCACAACAAGUUUGAUAACUAAUGACGAUUCUAAUCCGCCUGGUUUGUCGCCAUGUGAUGCCAUCGAUUCGGCCAGCGAUAGCGGCAUUGAUGACAUAAGUGUAGCUGAAAAUAUGUCACCACUUAAGAGACCCUACCAACAACAACAAAUGACGGCAGCAACAGUAAUUGUUAACAACAACAAUAAUAAAAUUAUAGACAUCGAUAACAACAUUAUAAAAUUGGCCAACAACAAUAAGAUUAAUGAAAAUAUAAAAUCCACCAUAGCUCCCAUAACUACGACCACUGUAACUAGUGCUGUACUAAUGCAAGGAGCGGAGCUGGCCAAGAAAUUACUUGAAGACACUGAAGAGGAUGGUGCUACUAUGUGCAAACGCAAGAGAUCAAUAUCGUAUAUAGACAGCAGCAACCCUUUGAUGACUCCUUUUCUAAUGGAUCUAUGCAAUGAUGACUAUCAUAUGACUACCAAGGAGUAUUUGCAAGAGAAUGAUAUUGAAAAUGUUUUGAAUGAAUGGCCCGUUGAUUUAGUUUAGAAUAA